AUGCCGCAGGGCACUCUGCCCGUGUGGCUCUAUUUCGCUGUGCGCCUCGCUGCCGUGCUCGUGUGCUGGCUCCUGCUCGUGCCCUACGCGACGCGGCGCAUCUGGCGCGCCUACCUCCAGACGGGCGACUGGGUCGCGGAGAUGAUCCUGCGCCGCCGCGUGGCGGUGCUGCCCGACGAGGCGGCGCCUGCCCUGGUUGUGCGGCCGACCGAGUCGCGCCUUGGCGCGCUCUCUCGAUGGGCGUGGGCCGUGCUUACGCGCCAGUGGCUCACGGGUGCCGUGCUGACAGUCAGCCUCGGCCUGGUGUUCGUCUCCCUGUUCUUUAUGCGCGACGAGCUCACGCAGGCCGUGAACGGGCGCUGGGACGAGGCGCCGGCGGAGGCGCCCCCGGCCGAUGCGGAGCGCGAUAGGGCGAUGGAGCGCCUGCGUGCCGCUGCGCUCAACGCCGCACAGGCCCGUGCCGAGCAGAUGCUCGCGACCGAGGUGCCGGAGAUCGAGCCGGCGCCCGUGGCCGCUGACGACGACGAUGCAUGGACCGACGACGACGAGCCGGUGGCGCCCGUGCAAGCCGGCGCGGCGCCGGCAGCGCCAGCGGCGCCACUGCCGCCGCCGCCGCCGCCGGUGCUGGAUGCGGCGCCGCCCGUGCUCGACGACGACGUCGACGAGCGCGACGACGAGGAAGAGUGGGACAAUGGCGAGCACAUGGCCGAGGACCUCGAUGGCAUGCUCCAUGCGGUCGGCCUGCGCGGCACGUGGAUCGAGCUCCUGCAGAACCUCUUUGUUCUCGAGACGAUCGUCCUCCUGAUCAUGUCGCUCUGCGUCAUGGUGCCGUACACGGUCGGACGCGUCCUGGGCCUGCGCUUCUACGACACGCUGCUCCUGCCUGCCAAGGCGCUGCGGGUGUUUACCGAUCCGCUCUUUGAGGGGCUCAUCCACGGCAUGGGGCGCAUGGUGUCCACGUCCUUCGAGGCCGCGGCGCCCGCUCCCGCGGCGCCGGCGCCGGCGCCCGGGUCGGGCAUCGUGCACCGCCUCGUCUCCGUCGGCGCGCGCCUCGAUGCUGUGACGCGCGGGGGCCAUCCCCUGCAGCGCACACUGUGCGUCCUGCUGGGCCAUGCCUACAUGGCCGGCGUCCUGCAGCUCGAGGCGCGCUUCGGCCCCUGGGUGCAUGGCGGAUCGACGCGCUCCGUCGCCAAGCUCGCGCAGUACUACCUGCUUACGCUCAAGGUCUUUUUUUUCUCGGCCAUGGACCUGCUCGUGUUUCCCGUGCUGUGCGGCGUGCUGAUCGACUGGUGCACGCUGCCCCUCUUUCCCGGCGCCUCGCUCGCGCAGCUGGGCGCGCAGGCGGCGGCCAUGCCGCUGCCGUUCGUGUUCGUGCGCUGGGCGUCUGGCACCGUGUACAUGUUCUUCUUCUCGCAGCUGCUCAGUGCGGUCCGCACAGCCGUGCGCCCCGGCGUCGUGUACUUUCUCGGCGACGCGAGCGAUCCCGACUUUAGUCCGCUGCGCGAUAUCCUGCAGCACCGCACCGCCACGCAGCUCGUCAAGCUCACGCACUCGGUCGGCAUAUACAGUGCGUUCGCUGCGUGCACGCUCGGCCUCGGCCUGCGUGUGCUGCUCGUGGUGCCGGGCCUCUUGCCCCUCGUGUGGCAGCCGCAUGCGCCGCGCACCGUGGUGCCUGUGGAGCUGCUCCUCGUGCACUUUGGCCUGCGCGUGUCGCUGAAGCGCGCGCGGUGUGCGCACCAUGCACGCCGCCUCUUCCGCCAGUGGUGGAUCUGGGUUGCCCGGCGCCUGCGCAUGAGCGCGUACCUGAUGGGCGACGAGCAGCUGCUCGAGCGCGGGCACUAUGUGUAUGCGUCGUGGGCCGACUGGGCGCGCUCGUGGGUGCAGCCAGUCUCGGCGUCGUUCGUGCCCGACGGCGGCUUCAUGCGUGUGCCGGCGGACGACCGGCCAGCGAGCAAGUGCGCCGUGCUCAUCCCGACCGAUGCGCAGGGCGAGCCGGUCGACGCGCACGCGCGCGCCAAGCUCGACGAGCAGCUCGCGGCUCUCGCGCGGAUGAAGGACCGCGCGCCCUACACGAUCGUGUACAUGCCGCCCCGCUGGCGCCUGCGCCUCGUCGCGGCCCUGGGCCUCUUUGCCGCGCUCUGCCUGUGCGGCGUGCUCGCGGCGCUCGGUGUGCCGCUCGCGAUCGGGCGUGGGCUUGCCGUGUGGGGCCGCUGGGCGCCCAUGCACGACGCCUAUACGGUGCUGCACGGCUACCUCGUACUGGCCGGCCUGGCGGCCGUCGCGCAGGGCGUGGCGGCCGUGCGGCCCGCGCAGCGGGCGUGGCCCGCCUACGUGGCGGACAUGCAGUCUCUCGCGCGCGCGUGUGGGCGCUUUGCGUUCCAUCUCGGCAUGUUCGGCGGCCUCGUGCCGACGCUCGUGGGCCUGGUCCUGCUGCAGUAUCUGUGGCCGAGCGGCGAUCCGACAGCGAUCCCGACGUUCUCUGUGUGGUUUGCGUGGUGCACAGGCGCCCUCGUUCUCAAUACGGCGCUCCUCCUGGCGCUCUCGAUUGUGCCCGACGACGUGCCGCUCCUCUGGGACGUGUACGACCACAUGCAGGCGGGGCGCUUGUGGCGCGUGCCGGUGGGGCCAGCCGCACGGCAUGCGCUGCGCCCCACCGUCGUGUCGCUGCUCGCCCUCCUCGCCGCGCCGUACGUGACCGCGGCCCUGUUCUGCGGGCUGACCGCCGACUGGCACGCGCCCAUCGCACGGCAGCGGCUGUAUGUGCGCUGGGGCCACUACACGGUCCUGGGCGGGCUUGCGAUGUAUGCGCUCGAGCGCUACGUCCUGCACCGCCUUGGCGAGUGGACGCAUGUGCUGCGGGACGAACUGUUCCUCGAGUCGACGGAGCUCGUGAAUUAUGGCGGCCAGGCGCCCGACGCGCUUCCGCCCGAUAUGGGCGUCCUGCCCGACUCGGUCGUGCGUGGCUAG